CGGCCCGCGGCGGCGAUGGCGGCGGCGGGCGUCGCUUCCGGGCGGCGGGCGGAAGCGCCGCGUUGCUGUGGCGACGGCUGCGCGGCCGCCAUGGCGGUGCCGAGCUGGCUGGAGAGGCUGCGGGCCGCCCGCAAGACCGCGCUGGUGCAGGACGGGAAGAGGAAGGUCCACUACCUGUUUGAGGAUGGCAAAGAGAUGGCCGAAGAGUACGACAUGAAGACGGGUCAGUUAGCGAGUAGAAAAUGGCGAGAGAAGAACGCCUUAGGGGGCUCUGGCAAGUGGCAGGUUGAGGUGGGAGAGCCAACCUCGCCUCUUGUGGGAACGCUGGAAUCAGAGCUCAUAAAGGAAAGCAGCUCCAACCCUGUCUUCAUGAGGAAGGAUACCCUGACCAGCUUCCAGUGGCGGAUCCGUAACCUGCCCUACCCCAAGGAAGUCUACAGUGUCUCUGUGGAGGAGGAGCAGCGCUGCUGUGUUGUCCGGACCACCAACAAGAAGUACUACAAAAAGUUCCCUAUUCCUGACCUGGACAGAUACCAGCUCCCCUUAGAUGCAGCUGCCCUGAGCUUCACCCAUGCCAACAACACCCUGAUCAUCACGUACCAGAAGCCAAAGGAGAUCCUGGCUGCAGAAGAGGAGCUGCAGGAGGAGCUGAAGAAGAUAAAGGCAGCAAACGAUGAUGACAGCGAGUGUAAGACCCAGUAGGCAGCGGCUGCUGGGAGACUGGGGUGGGGGGCAGCUCUCUGGCACAGCUUCAUGGUAUUUAUUUUACUUUUGGUAAUAAAAAUUAGUCCUGUUAACAGA